AUGUCUGGUAAGACGAAGAUGCAGUACGUGCGCCUUGGUAACUCGGGCCUCAAGGUCUCUCGUAUCAUCCUGGGCACCAUGUCGUAUGGUGACCCCAGCUGGGAUAAGUGGCUCAUCGGCGAGGAAGAGGCGAUCAAGCACAUCAAGUUUGCCUACGACUGGGGUGUCACUACCUUCGACACGUCUGAUACCUAUUCCAACGGUCUCUCUGAGAUCAUACUUGGUAAUGCCGUCAAGAAGCUAAACCUCCCCCGUGAGGAGCUCGUCAUCAUGACCAAAAUCUAUUUCCCGGUCGCUUCCGACUAUGGUACCCAUACCUACUUCCAUAACCCCCAUGAUCUCGGUAUCAUCAACCAACUUGGUCUCAGCCGCAAGCACAUCUUUGACGGGGUCAAGGCUAGCCUCAAGCGCUUGCAAAUGGACUACAUUGAUGUCCUUCAAUGUCACCGCUUCGACACCGAGACUCCCAUCUCGGAGACGAUGCGUGCUUUAGACGACCUCGUCAAGGCUGGGCUGGUGCGGUACAUCGGCAUGAGCUCCUGCUGGGCCUAUCAGUUUCAUCAGAUGCAGAACUACGCCAUCACGCACAACCUCACGCCUUUCAUCUCGAUGCAGAACAACUACUCCCUUCUCUAUCGCGAAGAGGAGCGCGAGAUGAUGCCCACCUUGGAACUGUUCGGGGUUGGCUGCAUCCCCUGGUCGCCUCUCGCGCGCGGUAUUCUUUGCCGCCCUGCUGAGGCCUCGACUACUCGCGGCAGCUCUGACCCGGCGGUCGCCAUGUACCAAGUUCCAUCUGCUAUAGAGAUUGUCAACCGCGUGGAGGAGAUCUCAAGGAAGAAAGGUGUGAGCAUGGCCCAAGUUGCGAUUGCCUGGGUAUUGUCCAAGCCGGGGGUGGUCGCACCCGUCAUCGGAGCGACGAAGAUUCCCAACCUUGAGGACACCUUGGAUGGAAUUGAUGUGACCCUUACUGAGGAGGAGAUCACGUACCUUGAGGAGCCGUACAAGCCGAUGCCUACGAAGUACAUCUCCCACGACUGAAACCAUCGUUCUUCAAGGGGAAAGCCAGUAGUCCUCCAGUCCUCCGACUGGCCAGCUAUAGUCUCCCCCCUACCCCAUUUGUUUCAUGGUGCUCUCUAGAUAGUCAUCCCGUUCGAU